CAUAAUGAAGAGAGUGGAAUCUUAGCUCAGGUCCCGUGGUUGCAACAAAAGAACCCUCAUUGCCUACUGCAUUUCCUGUUUGCAACUACAAAGAUUUAAACUUGCAGUUUAAGUGCCCAGAUCAACUCAAAAUUGGGCCAAGAAAACCCAGCCCUCACAGUCUGUGAGAUUGUCUCAACUCUGAAACCUGUUUUGUUUCCUAUCUGAGUGAAAGUGCUCUAUCUCUGAACAGCAAGAAAUUGAAAGAAGGAGCCCAGGGUGGCAAACAAGCUAUUGUGUUCUGAGGCAUUCCUGCUUACAGCUCUUCACUUCAUCCUUUCUAAAUGGGGGAUUCGUGUAUCUAUUACUGGAUACCUCUUGCUUUUGUAACCACAAUUAUGCUUAUUUCAUUGAUGAAAAAUAUUUCAUACUACUUAAAAGAAAAGAAAAGAAAAGGAAAAAUAUAUGGAGACUAUGAACCGCAAUAUAGUCCAAGCCCUGGUGAGUUCUAUACUGAAGAAUGUCCUGUUUAUGACAACCUGAAUCAUCUUCAUCGAGAGAUGCUAAAUGAAAGCUGCUAUGAACAAAUGAAUGCCCAUCCUCACACAUCUGCCAAUGAAGUACAGCAGACAGCCGAGAGACAGAUGUGCUAUGCUUCCUUGGAUCACAGCAUCAAAAGAAAACACAAAAACCUCCGAAAAAAGAAAUAUCCUACAUUAGAAGUGGAUGAAGACCACCUUACCAAAAGCAGCUCCAUGGCCUCUGAUACCUGCAUUUAUCUCAACAGUGAACAGCUGAGUGCUGAAAAUAAAUUGUCUGAAGAUGCAACUCAUGAGGAUCCCCACAGAGUUUUUGGUUUAAUUCACACUACAAAUGAUGCCAGAUUUUAGUAGGAACCUGGCCUAGCUGAGUAAAUGUAGCUGAUAAAAUAUAUAACCCUAUGGCUGGAAAAUAGCUAAACAACUGGGGUUAAUACUUGGUAGGUUAAAAGCUGAAUCGGAAGGAGCAGACCUUCAGGAUGUAUGGUCAGUAAUAGCUCUACAUCAACCUGACCUUUGCAUAGCAGGGUCUAUUGCUAAAUAGAUUGUCAACUGAGAGAGAGAGGGUUUUCAGCAGGUUCACUUAACUCCAGAGGCAACUACAAGUGUUGUUUUCCCCCCCUUUGGCACUCAUUCUAAUUGUAGCUGGAUUUGGUAUGUUGCUUCUAACGGACAGAUCUUAAUUCAGUGGUUUAUGGAGUCCCAGCCCAUGUUUGGGACACAUCCCUGAAAGUGCUAGAGAUGGAAGCAAUUGUAAAUUUAAGUGUACCAUGCCAUCUACAUGAGUCCCGCAAUAAAGUUAAUGCUACAAACCCUUGUCAGGUUUCAUUCCUGAAACCCCAGAUCAAAUAUUCCCUGCUGAUGUGGUGCCUAAAUGGUGUGGUUGAAAGGGCACAAGACUUUCCUCUUCCGAAGGUAGUUGUAUGAGUAGAGCCGUAUAUAAGAACAGUAAUGCUAGAUCACACAAAGUGCUUCAGGGGAGACUCUACUGAACUGGGUCUCUGUCUGGGUUCUUAUGCAGAUGAGCCUGGUUCAUAUAGGAAAUUACCUGUGCAGUGGAAAAAGAGAAUCUUGUGUUGCUCUCCUCAUGCUGUUUUAGGGCUGCCCCCUCCCCAUAAAUGUGUAUGUGCAAACCAGGGCACAGACUAUCAGACUAUGCAAGGGAGCCCUAAUGCAAACAGGUCCUUAGACAUGGUUAUGU